AUGUUCAAGAGUCUUCGCGACUUUGUUUCGAAUCCGAGUCCUGAGGGCAUUAUUUCUGCUGCUCGAACAGUUGUGUCAGAACUGACUAGUAGGCCUGAGAGACAGCAUGAAUAUAAGGCUGAGAAGCUCAGUCCAAGCAGAUAUGGAAAGAUGCUGAAACUGGAUAACCUCAAGAAUGUUUCCUGUCAUUCGGAAAACCUGGGCGGGGCAAAUGUGUUCCAUUCUGUCUACAUGGCAGAUCCACAGGCAAGCUCUUAGAAAUCAUUACGCGAUGGUUUUUUAUCGAACUUAAUGGCAGUUGUGUCACGUGAACCGACAUGGGAGACCACUCACUACGCAGCUGCUUGUGGAUUUCUUGGGUUUUUGAAGACAGCUUUGGAUAAGGAUCCGCAUGUAAUUCUUGGUUUUGCUACGCGUGAAGGAGAGUUCCCUGUACACAUCGCUGCAAAGUCAAACCAACUAGAAGUAGUUCGUCUUCUUCUUGAACAUGGCGCCGACUUAUGCCAGAAAGACGCUAUGGGUCGUACUGUGAUCCAUUGGGCUGCUGCAAGUAGCCCUUCAACUCUGAAAGAGCUUUCUAAUGAAGUUUCGUUUACUAAAGCUACGGAAAUUCAAGAUGAAUACGGAAUGAUUCCAUUGGCGGUUGCUAUUCAUGAGGCAAACUUCGAGUCAACAAAAAUCCUUAUGGGUUGGCUCAAUCAGUUCGCUCCCAAAAGAAGCACCACCUUUGCUGAGCGUCUUAUGUGGAAUGAAGCACAGCGAGGGAUUGGCGAAGUCCUUAUGGAAGUUCUGAAACAUAGUUUUGAAAACAUCAAUAUCAACAAAAAAGAUGCAAAUGGUCAAACACCUCUUCAUCUCGCAACAAACAGAGCACCAUGGGAGUAUCAGCAAGAGGUUUCGAUCAAGUUUCAAAGAGAUAACAAAGACGCUAACGAAGAACUUGUCAAUGUGCUGUCAUUAGAUGGUGGUGGCAUUCGUGGCUUAAUUCUGAUACAAGUGUUGUCUGAGUUGGAAAAGAAGUUGGGUGUCGACAUCUUGUCCAGGUUCCAUUGGCUAGGUGGUACAAGCACUGGAGCGAUUUUGGCUUUAGCUCUCAGUCAAGGCAAAAACAUUGCGCAUUGUCGCUCGUUAUAUUUUCGACUUAAGGACGAUGUGUUCUGUGGCCCACGACCUUACAGUGGUGACGUAUUGGAAUCAUUUCUGAAAUCCGAAUUUGGCGAACAUACGACUUUAGCUGAUAUGACAACUAAGAAAGUGAUGGUCACUACUUGUUUGGCGAACGUAUGUCCUUCAAAGUUGAAACUAUUUCGCAAUUACCAACUGCAUUUGCCCACCGACAAAAAUGACCAUAUGGGGUUUUGCUCACCAAAAAAUGUUCCUGUUUAUGUUGCCGCCAGAUGUUCAAGCGCCGCACCAACCUAUUUCCCUCCUUUUGAAGGGAAAUAUAUGGACGGUGGUCUAAUAGCCAAUAAUCCAUGCUCACAGCUCAUUUCAGAUAUUCAGCUAAUGAAUACGAGUUUCAAAAUGGCGGUAGGUUUUCUUAUAUUUAUUAUACAAGGUAAAGCUGAGCAGUGUUAUCGAAUUGGUUGCAUCGUAUCGAUAGGCACAGGACAAACACCUGAAGCGUCCGUUGAAUCACUCAAUCUUAGCCUCCCUAAAAAUAUUGCAGAAGUUGCAGGACUGACCAAGAAUCUUGCUGUUGCUAAUGCUGAUGGAAGCGUCGUGGAUUAUGCAAGAUCUUGGAGCCACUCUAUUUCUGUGCCUUUCUUUCGAUUUUCGCCUGUACAAAACCCUGCUGUUGAGUUAGACGAGACGGAUGAUGUCAAGCUUAUUAAUAUGAUGUGGAGUACCAAGGUUUAG